AUGUCCGUACAGUACUCACGCAAGCGUCGGAACGAUCGGAUGUUGCUUUCUCCUUGUCUGGCAGCGAGUGUGCCGAGACUUACUGCGUGGUGUUCAAAGCAUGUAGCACCUAGCAGCAUCUUCGCCACUCCUGAGGUCGAAAAGGAGCAGCCCGUUCGUGAAAAGAAAGAUAGCCCCAAGAGCCAGGCACGCACCAAACGCGCGAAGCACAAGCGGCGAAAGCCGGCAAGAGACAACGCCAAAACAAAGGACCCUGAAGAAGCAUCAUCGUACUUGACCGCAUGGCAAGCGCACCAGGAUGUCGGCACCCCUUGGCGGUUCAACAAGGCCACCCAGGCUUGGCUGCUGCGUCAUGCAUAUGAACCAGAGCUGGUUCCGAAACAAGUUUUUCGAAUCCUCUUGAGAUACCUGGCUGGCUUGAGUGGUGUUGCUCGAGAUCGUGCUCUGGCGGAAGCAAGCACGCUGGUGACGCUGAAGGGCAGUGAGUUGGCCAAGGUACCGACAGAGAGAGAACGAUCGUUGCCUGGUGACGAGCCUCAUGGCGACGAGCAAGAGGAUCGCAGAGAUCCGUCAGGAAACGAGGAGGAGGCGAAGAAGUGCAGAUCAAGAUUGGCUCGGGCAAGACAGGUUCUGCAGGUGUUGGGUCACAGUGAGCCCACCUAA